GCGCCGAUUACGGAAACUGCAUGAAGUCUCUAAAGAUGUAUCUGCGCCCUGUUGACUAUGGGCUAAAUUUGGCUUCCAAGUUAAUUCAGAACAUGCGCAAUUUCAACAGUCCAUAAAGGGAGGUGCUAGAAGUCGGACCGGAAGUGGAAGUGGCCCCGGAAAGCUAUUUCGCCGCUGGUGUCAAGAGUAUUUCCACGUUUUAAUGCCGAGAGGUCUCUGUGAUGAUUUUGGUUGAUUGCGAUUAGGGAUUCUGUGAAGUCAAUAAUGGAGGAGUUGUCCGUGGAGUUAGUGACGGUGGUUUCCGGGCUCGGUGAUGUGGAUCUGUGGCAUCUGUCGAUGGUUGUCUGUGACGGAUUUCUUGGGUCAUUGAUGGGCUCUUUGGGAUGAGUGAUUGGGGUUUAGGAGUCAGUGAUGGGAGUCUGUGGUCAGAGACAGAACCUGUAGGGUCAGCUAUGGUGAUCGGUUCCUGGGUGUCUCUGGGGAGUCCCUGGGCCAGACCUUCCUCCAGACUCCAGCCCACUUCUUCCGAGCAGCUCUGCUGAGUUCACUAAACCACUAAACUUCAGGCACCCUAAAGAAAAAGGGUUGAGACCAGUGUGGCCAUGCCAACUAGCUGGAUCUCACCCCAGAAAUCCCCAGCCCUGGCUCCAGAGGAUCAUGGCAGCUCCUAUGAGGGAUCAGUGUCCUUCAGGGAUGUGGCUAUCAAUUUCAGCAGAGAGGAGUGGAGGCACCUAGACCUGUCUCAGAGAAACCUGUACUGGGAUGUGAUGCUGGAGACCUACAGCCACCUGCUCUCAGUCGGGUAUCAAUUUCCUAAACCAGAGGUGGUCAUGUUGGAGCAAGGAAAUGAACCAUGGGCAUUGCAGGGUGAGAGGCCACGUCACAGCUGCCCAGGAGAGAAAUUAUGGGACCAUAAUCUACGUAGAAAAAUUCUCAGUUAUAAACCAGCCUCCUCGCAAGAUCAAAAAAUUUAUCCUGGGGAAAAAUCCUAUGAGUGUGCCAAAUUUGAAAAGAUAUUCACCCAGGAGUCACAAUUCAAGGUACACCUGAAGGUUCCUUCAGGAGAAAAACUCUAUGUCUGUAUUGAAUGUGGGAAGGCUUUUGUGCAGAAGCCAGACUUCAUUACACAUCAGAAAACCCAUACAAGAGAGAAGCCCUAUAAGUGCAAUGCAUGUGGAAAAUCCUUUUUUCAAGUAUCAUCUCUUUUCAGGCAUCAGAGAAUUCAUACCGGAGAAAAACUCUAUGAAUGUAGUGAAUGUGGGAAAGGCUUCCCUUAUAACUCAGAUCUCAGCAUACAUGAGAAAAUUCAUACUGGAGAGAGACACCAUGAAUGCACUGAAUGUGGCAAAGCAUUCACACAGAAAUCCACACUCAAGAUGCAUCAGAAAAUCCAUACAGGUGAGAGAUCCUAUAUCUGUAUCGAAUGCGGACAGGCCUUCAUUCAGAAGACACAAUUGAUUGCACACCGAAGAAUUCAUACUGGAGAAAAACCAUAUGAGUGCAGUAACUGUGGGAAAUCCUUCAUUUCCAAGUCACAACUUCAGGUACAUCAACGCAUUCACACAAGAGUAAAGCCCUAUUUAUGUACUGAAUAUGGGAAAGUCUUUAGCAAUAAUUCCAACCUCAUUACACAUGAGAAAAUUCAAAGUAGAGAGAAAUCUUCCAUAUGUCCUGAAUGUGGGAAGGCCUUUACCUACAGGUCGGAGUUGAUUAUACAUCAAAGAAUUCACACUGGAGAGAAACCUUAUAAAUGUAGUGACUGUGGAAAAGCCUUCACUCAGAAAUCAACACUCACAGUGCAUCAGAGAAUUCAUACAGGAGAAAAAUCAUAUGUAUGCAUGAAAUGUGGACUGGCCUUCAUCCGGAAGGCACAUUUGGUUACACAUCAAAUAAUUCAUACUGGAGAGAAACCUUAUAAAUGUGGUCACUGUGGGAAAUUGUUCACCUCCAAGUCACAACUUCAUGUUCACAAACGAAUUCACACAGGAGAAAAGCCCUAUAUGUGCAAUAAAUGUGGGAAGGCAUUCACCAACCGGUCAAAUCUCAUUACACAUCAGAAAACGCAUACAGGAGAGAAAUCUUAUCUAUGUUCCAAAUGUGGAAAGGCCUUCACCCAGAGGUCGGACUUGAUUACACAUCAGAGAAUCCAUACUGGGGAGAAACCUUAUGAAUGCAGUACUUGUGGAAAAGCCUUUACCCAGAAGUCAAAUCUCAAUAUACACCAGAAAAUUCAUACUGGAGAGAGACAGUAUGAAUGCCAUGAAUGUGGGAAAGCCUUCAACCAGAAAUCAAUACUCAUUGUUCAUCAGAAAAUUCACACAGGAGAGAAACCCUACGUAUGCACUGAGUGUGGAAGAGCUUUCAUCCGCAAGUCAAACUUUAUCACUCAUCAAAGAAUUCAUACUGGAGAGAAGCCUUAUGAAUGCAGUGACUGUGGGAAGUCCUUUACCUCCAAGUCUCAGCUCCUGGUGCAUCAGCCAGUUCACACAGGAGAGAAACCCUAUGUGUGUGCCGAGUGUGGGAAGGCCUUUAGUGGCAGGUCAAAUCUCAGUAAGCACCAGAAAACUCAUACUGGAGAAAAGCCCUACAUUUGCUCUGAAUGUGGGAAGACCUUCAGACAGAAGUCAGAGUUGAUUACACAUCACAGAAUUCACACUGGAGAGAAACCUUAUGAGUGCAGUGACUGUGGGAAGUCUUUCACUAAAAAAUCACAGCUCCAGGUGCAUCAACGAAUUCACACCGGAGAAAAGCCUUAUGUGUGUGCUGAGUGUGGGAAGGCCUUUAGCAACAGGUCAAAUUUGAAUAAACACCAGACCACACACACUGGAAACAAACCCUACAAGUGUGGCAUCUGUGGGAAAGGGUUCGUUCAGAAAUCAGUGCUCAGUGUCCAUCAGAGCAUUCACGCUUGAGAGAAACUGUGAGAAAACCCCACUGAGGAUGGGUCUGAUUGUACACUGUUGCAUUCAUGCAGCAGAAAAAUGUAUAAUAUCAUAAGUAGAAAUGACCACAUCAGCAUGUCAUGUAAGACUGUUCUGGAGAGGGUCUCUCAGAAGGCACUGAAUGAGGCAAGGGACCCUUCCAACCUUGUCAUCAGCCUCAUUAAACCUUGGGGCAUUAUUCAUACUUAGAAGGAACUGAGUCAAUUUGGUGAAUAGGAAAAGCCUUCUCAUGAAAACUACAAUGGAACACUGUUACCAGAUUCUUCAUAGAAAGGAUUAUAUUAUGGGAACGAUAAUCCUGUUUACUGUGGACGGGGUAUAGUGCCAACAGUUUGAAUGGUAAGACAACAUAAUAUAUAUGUUAUAUUAUAUAUAUAUAUAACAGGAUAAAUCCUUCUGUUGUUGUCUGUUCCAGAGCACACUGUUGAGCAGAAUUAUGGGUGUUUUCUCAUUCUUCUUUUGAAUCCAACACAGUUGUACAUAUCCAGUGCCCCAUUGAGUAUUUCUAUCAAGCAAGAGAUACUGCAAUAAGACAAAUUCUCUAUGUAUUCAGACACAGACCUCAGAGUGUCUGAGUCCCCAUUGUGAUAGUCCCCAUUGUUACUGCAGCCCCCUUCAUUACUUGCCAGGACCCUCUCUGAGCCCACAGGUCCUCAGCACAAUGAGUCGGACCCCCAGUACCGUGUUUUGUUUGUUUGUUUGUUUGUUUUUGUUGUUUUGAGACAGAGUCUUGCUCUGUCAGCCAGGCUGGAGUGCAGUGGCAUGAUCUUGGCUCACUGCAACCUCUGUCUCCCAGGGUCAAGCAAUUCUCCUGCCUCAGCCUCCUAAGUAUCUGGGAUUACAGGUGAGUGGCACCAGGCCAGGCUAGUUUUUGUAUUUUUAGUAGAGAUAGCAUUCACCAUGCUGGCCAAGCUGUUCUCAAACUCCUGACCUGUUGAUCCACCCGCCUUGGCCUCCCAACAUGCUGGAAUUACAGAUGUGAGCCACCAUGCCCAGCCCAGCACAGAGUUUUGUAUACUUCCACCAGUCUCAAGAAAGCCUCUGUGGUUAGAAUUUUCAGGUUAUCUGGGACAAUUUAAAUUCUUCCUUCUGCUAUUAGAAUUCUUCCCAUUCAGCCUCUUGUUUUUUGUUAAUUUACCUGUUGCUGAGUUGAAGCCCAGCAUUUUGCUUUCCUUCAUAAUGUGACUUUCAUAAGUUGAUAACUCAUGAAAUCAAUAUAUUAUAUGCGAUAGGAGAUAACUCAUGAAUCAUGUAAAAUCAAUGAACUCAUGAAAACUAACAGCACCAUAUGUUCACUGUCUACUUGUGUCCAUGUUCAUUCCAUGCACCCCACAAGGACCCUUCCUGCUAUAUGCCUCAGACAUAAGUUCAGUCCCUGACUCAGGGCCUUUGUAUUUGCAGUGCCCAUUGCAAAAAGCACAAUUCUUUAUCUGUGGCUUGUUCCUCAUGUUUGUUUGUUUUUUUCCAUGACACCUCCUUACAGGCCUUCCCUAUCUGCCUGGUUUAAAAUUCCAGCCCCUCACCCUUCCUCCUUUACUCUUCUCCCUAGCACUUUCCACCACCCUGCCUGGCAUCUUUUGCUCAUUUCUCUAUGGCUUCUACACUAGAAAAUAUUUCCCUUUUGUUCACCCCUAUGAGUCUAGCCCCAUGACUGCCAUACAGCAGGGAUUCCAUAAAUGCACCUGUGGAGAGUUGACCAGUGUUUGCUGCACGACUUCUGAUUUUUUUCUUUGUUGUAGCAUAAGAAGCUCUAAUAGGGAGAACCAACUUCCCUAAAACACCCAGACCUUUUCACCUUCAGUCUCUACCUAGGUUGUAUCCCUUCUCAACCCUAAAGCUAAAAAGUCAUUGUAAACUUUUUGGUCUGAUGCUAAAGAAGGGAGGUACAGGAGAUCCCAUGUGGAUACUUGCUUCCAGUAUUCCCUGCCAUGAUUCCAGAAUCCCACAGCUCCAACGUGAUUGCAAAAGACUCCCUGCUCAUUCAUCCUCAGCAUGCACAGCUAUGCCCUGUCUCACCUGCAACUUGACAUAGCCCCACCUACUCCAGAACCCAACCCACACACCUGCUCAUCCUGCCAGAAGAGGAUUGCCUGAAGCCAGUACAGGGAACUAGAGCAGACAAGGGUAGAUCUUCAUUGAAUAUUAGGUAUCCUGCCCUAGACAGGCAGCAGUGACCUUAGAGAUGCUGGCAGAUGAUCUGAUUGGAUGCACAGUUGCUGGGUGGCCCUUCUGGAACUUGCAGAAUGGCUUGUCUGGGGCCAGUCUGUUGGCACUUCUGGGAGUGGGAAAUAUUUGGGGCCUGCAGAGAUGUUUUCACCUUUUGGAAGGGCAGUAUGGGGAGGUGAAGAUGGGGCCCAAGGAUAGAACAUAGUCAAAGGGGCAGCCACAAUGCCCCUUUAAUUCCCAAGCCCUAGUUGGGGAGUGCUUGGUGACACAUCCAUUACCCCACCCUAGAUCAGUGUCUACUGAGCCAUCAUUAGCUCUGCUUCCUCAGUUCUUCACAGAAUCUGAUGGCCCAUCACGUGUUCAACAUCUUAGACCAAUGUCUGAUGACCCCUUACUCCCUUCACCUCAUCCAGCACUAUAUCUGAAGCUUUACUGUUCUGCCUUCAAUUUCAGAUACUUUGUGAUACACCAUUAUUCCCAACUUAGGACAAUGUCUGCUGACCCUCAGGAGGAUGUCUGGAGAUCACCUUUUCCUUCUUAUCCCCUAGAACAAGGUCUGGUCACCCUUCAUUAUUCCCAUUUUACCUUACUCCUAAGUGUAUCACUUGAAUUUCAGGAAAUACGGAGAAAAACACAUUUCACUGUACAUGACUUUCAAUUAUUUCUCCUUUGUACUUACUGUGACAUAAUAUUUUAGUACUGACCUAUGUGUAUAGGUAUACCCAUUUAUAUAAAAGACUUUUUUAGAUCAGUUUUAGGUUCACAGCAAAAUGCGCCUAAGGUACAGAGAUUUCCUAUAUAUCCCCUACCCUCAUGCGUACACAACGUCCCCCAUCAUCAACAUCCCCCUUCACAGUGGUACAUUUGUUACAGUUGAUGAAACUACAUUGACACUAUCAGCCAAAGUCCAUGGUUUAAUUAGGGUUCAGUCUUGAUGUGCAUUCUGGUUUUUUUGUUUUCAGACGGAGUCUUGCUCUGUGGCCCAGGCUGGAGUGCAGUGGCGUAAUCACGGCUCACUGCAACCUCUGCCUCCCGGGUUCAAGCAAUUCUCCUGCCUCAGCCUCCUGAGUAGUAGGUGUGUGCCACCACAUCCAGCUAAUUUUUUGUAUUUUUAGUAGAGACGGGGUUUCACCAUGUUAACCAGAAUGGUCUCGAUCCCCUGACCUCAUGAUUCACCUGCCUCAGCCUCCCAAAAUGCUGCGAUUACAGGUAUAAGUCACCAUGCCUGGCCUUGAUGUACUUUCUAUGGGUUGAGACAAACGAAUAAUGACAUGUAUGCAUUAUUACAGAAGGGUAAAGAGCAGUUUCGCUGUCCUAAUAAACCUCUGGGUUUUGCCUAGUCAUGCCUUCCUACCCUACACCCCUGGCUAUUUUGUCUCCAUAGUUUUGCCUUUGAACCAUAAAGUAUGCAGCCUUUUCAGACUGACUUGUUUCACUUAGUAAUGUGGAUUUAAGUUUCAUGUCUUUUCAUGGCUUGCUAGCUCUUCUUUUUUUUUUGCACUGAAUAAUAUGCUGUUGUCUGGAUGUACUAUGAUUUAUUUGUCUAAUCACCUACUGAAGAACGUCUUAGUUGCAUCCAAGUUUUACUGAUUAUGAAUGAAGCUGCUGUAAACACCUGUGUGCAGGUUUUUGUAUGAACACGACUAUAAUUUUUUUUUUUUCUUGAGAUGGAGUCUCGCUCUGUCUCCAGACUGGAGUGCAGUGGUGCAAUCUCAGCUCACUGCAACCUCCACCUCUUGGGUUUGAGUGAUUCUCCUGUUCCAACCUCUUGAGUAGCUGGGAUUACAGGUGUGUGUCACCAUGCCUGGCUAAUUUUUGCUUUGUUUUGAGGCAGAGUGGCCCCCACCACCACACCUGGCUAAUUUUAGUAUUUUUAGUGGAGAUGGGGUUUCAGCAUCUUGGCUAGGCUGGUCUUGAACUCCUAACCUUAUCCACCCGCCUUGGCCUCCCAAAGUGCUGGAAUUAUGGGCAUGAGCCACCACAUCUGGCCCUUACAGCUUUUUUUUUUAAGGUCAUAUUUAUUGAGGUAUAAUUUACAUAGAGUUAUAUUCACCCUUUUAAGUGUAGAAUUCUCAAAGCUUUGACAAGUAUAUCUAAUCGUGCAGUCAAUACCACAGUCAGGACAGAGAACUGUUCCGUCACUUCCCUGCACUUCCUCCUGUUUUUAGUCCAUCCCUCUUCCCUACCCCCGACAAUCACAAGCCUACUUUCUGUGUGUAUAAUUUUGCCUUUUCCACAUGUUGUGUAAAUGGAGACCUACUGUGUGUGUCUAUGUCUGUGUGUUUGUAUCCUUUUGAAUGUGAUUUGUUUCAUUUCAUGUGAUGUAUUUGAGAUCCAUCCAUAUGGCUAUAUGAGAUAGAAAUGGAAAAUAAGGUGUUGAAAAGAUGCUUGAUAUCUUUGAUUAUCAAGAGAAUGAAAAUUGAAACCACAAUGAGGUACCCAUACACACCUUUUAGCAUGCCUAAAAAUCAAGACAUAAUGCUGAGAGUUGGCAACAAUGCAGAGCAAUGGAAACUUUCAUGCACUGCGGGUAGAAACGUAAAAUGAUACAUAUAUGAUAUAUCCACUUUGGGCGAAAAGUUUUGGAGCUUCUUUUUAUUUGAGACAAAGUCUCACUCUGUCGCCCAGACUAGAGUGCAGUGGCACAAUCUCAACUCACUGCAACCUCCGCUCCCCAGGUUCAAGUGAUUCUCAUGCCUCAACCUCCAGAGUAGCCAAAAUUACAGGCAUCCGCCAAUACACCUGGCUAAUUUUUGUGUUUUUAGUAAAGACAGGGUUUCACCAUGUUGUCCAGGCUGGUCUCAAAUUCCUGACCUCAGAUGAUCCACCCACCUUGGCCUCCAAAAGUGUUGGGAUUACAGGCGUGAGCCAUUGCACCCAGCUGGCAGCUUCUUAUACUGUUAAACAUAUACUUAUCAUAUGACUCACCAAUCCAACUCCUAGGUAUUUACCCUAAUUGUUUAUAUGAAAACAUGUACUCAAAUUUCACAGGAACUGUAUAAUUGCCAAAAGUAGAAGCCAACCCAAAUGUAACAGUGGGUGAAUAAUUAAACACAUUGUAGGGCUUCUAUACAAUAAAAUACUACCCCAACAUGAAAAGAAAUGAUUUAGCUGGGCGCAGUGGCUCACGCCUAUAAUCCCAGCACUUUGGGAGGCUGAGGCGGGUGGAUCACGAGGUCAAGAGAUCGAGACCAUCCUGGUCAACAUGGUGAAACCCCGUCUCUACUAAAAAUAAAAAAAAAAUUAGCUGGGCAUGGUAGCGCAUGCCUGUAGUCCCAGCUACUCGGGAGGCUGAAGCAGGAGAAUUGCUUGAACCCAGGAGGCAGAGGUCACCGUGAGCCGAGAUGGUGCCAUUGCACUCCAGCCUGGGUAACAAGAGGGAAACUCCAUCUCAAAAAAAAAAAAAAAGAAAAGAAAAGAAAAGAUUUUAUUGACACUGGCUGCAACAUGGAUGAAUCUCAGAAGUACUGUAUUUUUUUUUACUGUGUGAUAAUUUAAAUGACAUUUGAGGCCGGGCACGGUGGCUCACGCCUAUAAUCCCAGCACUUUGGGAGGCUGAGGCGGGUGGAUCACAAGGUCAAGAGAUCGAGACCAUCCUGGUCAACAUGGUGAAACCCCGUCUCUACUAAAAAUACAAAAAAUUAGCUGGGCAUGGUGGCGCAUGCCUGUAAUCCCAGCUACUCAGGAGGCUGAGGCAGGAGAAUUGCCUGAACCCAGGAGUGGAGGUGGGGGUGAGCCGAGAUCGCGCCGUUGCACUCCAGCCUGGGUAACAAGAGCGAAACUCCGUCUCAAAAAAAAAAAUGACAUUUGAAAAACUAUUAGAUACUAGACUAUAGAUUUAUAUAUUUAAAUUUUAUGUGUGGAUAUCAUACACUAUAUACUGUGUUUUACUGUAUGUUAUAGCACAUUAUAAUAUUUAUUAUUAUACUUACUACACUAGUUUCCAUUUUAUAUAAUACAUAUAAUAUCUAGUGUAUGAGUAUAUAAUUUUUAUAUGUUGCAUAUCAAACUUUUAUAUGACAUUUUAGUUUUUACUUUUAUAUAAUCACAUUUAAUGUUUAUAAUAAAAAGUUAUUAACUAUAAUAAACUAGAUCAUAGGGUUCAGAGACCCCACAGAUGGAGGUGGUCAAUAUUUUUGUUAUUUCUCAAGAAUCUCAAUUCUGGCUGUUUAACAUCAAGGAAGCUUUCUCCAGCUUUGGGCUUUUGCACCAACCAUGUUCUCUGAGGAUACUCUGCUUCCCCAGUGCCCAUAUAUCUGGCUUUCUUCUCCCAUCUUUGAAAAGCAUCCACCCCCACCUUGCCCCACCAUUGUAUCUGAAGGAAUACAGCCCUUGGGGUCACCUUUCUGCUGUAUUAUUUCGUAUAUAUUUGUGUUGCAGGCAUCACCAUCUGACUUGACAUUAAAUAUUUCUUUUUUUGGUUUUUCAUCCAACCUUUCCACUAGACCUCAUGAGGCCUGGUCUUUGUCUGUCUUGAUAUUGCUGUGUCCAAGGCACCCAACAUGGUGCCAGCACAAAGCAGACACUCAGUACAAGCUUGUUAAAUGAGUGAAUGAAUGAAUGAAUGAAUAAUAGCAGUAGUACUGACGUUGAGCCAAUGCCCCACACAGAUUGGCUAAAUGAAUGGGGAAGUGGUAGGGUUGGUUCCAGGUUCUCUAAUUUUUAAAAAAUUAAUCUAGAUUUUAAAUUAGAGGGCCAGGCGUGCUGGCUCAGCAUUUUGGGAGGCCAAGGCGGGCGGAUCAUGAGGUCAGGAGUUUGAGACCAGCCUGACCAACAUGGUGAAACCCCAUCUCCACUAAAAAUACAAAAAUUAGCUGGGCAUGGUGGCAUGUACCUGUAAUCCCAGCUACUCGGGAGGCUGAGGCAGGAGAAUCACUUGAACCUAGGAGGCAGAGGUUGCAGUGAGCCGAGAUCAUGCCACUGCACUCCAGCCUGAGUAACAGAACAAAAAACAAAAAACGAAAAACUAAUGCCCCUCCCCAUGCUUCAGCAUACCUCAGCUCUAAUUCCAUGUACAGGUUGUCCCCAACCACCCUGCCACUCUCCUAAGUAGCUUACCUACAUCUUCCCCCAGCAUUCCAUGGGGUCUCCUAACUCAGCCUCCUCUUGGUCACAGUGGCAUACCCUGUUGGUGGGGGACAGUGGUGAGGAACCCAGAGGCAGAGGUCUAUUACCAUUGGCAUCCACCCUAGCACUUUCAAUCCCAUCCCCCAUCAUCAGUUCCAUAUGCUCCACCCCAUUCACUGGAGCAGCCACCAGCAAAUAUAACCCAGGAAGCAAGAGGAAUGUGGCAGGGCUGAGGGUUCUGGGCCUCAGGCACUUGAUUGGAAAGUGAAUGUGAUGCAGUGUGGCAGAUGUUGACCCUGUGGCCAAAGUCAGGUUAAAGCCAUGAUUGUCAUGCACACUUGCCCUAAUGUCAGAAUGAAUUGAGCCCUCCAUCCUCAGCUUCAGUCAGGCUGCUGUGCCUAUGUGACUCUUAUCUAUAUUAUAUCCUAUCCCACCCUAUGCUGCUCUACUCCCCACUCCCCAGAUCACACCACUUAUUAACUACAAUACUUAAUCUACCAUUAUGUUGAUUCUAUUAUUGGUUUUGUUUUUGUUUUUUGUGGUUUUUUUGAGAUGGAGUUUCACUCUUGUUGCCCAGGCGGGAGUGCAAUGACUUGAUCUCAGCUCACCUCUGCCUCCCAGGUUCAAGUGAUUCUCCUGUCUCAGCCUCCCGAAUAGCUGGGAGUACAGGCAUGCACCACUAUGCCUGGCUAAUUUUAUAUUUUUAGUAGAGAUGGAAUUUUCUCCAUGUUGGUCAGGCUGGUCUUGAACUCCUGACCUCAGGUCAUCUGCCCACCCUGCUUCCCAAAGUGCUAGGAUUACAGGGGUGAGCCACCAUGCCUGGCUCUAUUAUUGGUUUUAAGUAUAAUUAUCAUAAUUUAUAACUAAUAUCAGAAUCUUUGUCACUACUUAUUACAUGCCUUUAAUUAUUAAGAUACCAUGAAUGACAUAUGAACUCUGAUGCUAAGAAAUCCUGUCCGUUCUAGUUUCUGCCACCUUCAGAUUGGAGUUUACAUGAACACAAUAGCCACGGCUCUAGGGGGAAUGUUUUUCUGCCUCUGUAAAAUCAACACAAUUAGAUUACUUCCUUUAUGAUAUUAUUAUGGUGUUAUUUCAAUAUUUAUUAUAAUAAUAGAUAUUGCUACUAAAACAAAAGCUGUUUUCUGUUUCCAUCUGUGAAGUAGGGUAAUGUAAGCACCACCUUAAUACAAGCGUUUGAGUUAUACUAAGUUUGUGACUAUAAUAAAUGCCAAUCCUGAGAA